AUGCGCCGAUCUACGCUACGGGCCAUCGAGUCCGCAAAGCCCAUCACACGCGUUCCACGCUCCGUGACCAGAAGCUUUUCCAGUCUCCAUGACUCGGCGAAGGACCCCGCCGAACUUGACCAGAUCACUACCCUUCCCAAUGGAAUCCGAGUCGCAACUGAAUCAUUACCCGGCCCCUUUGCUGGAGUGGGUGUUUACGUCGAUGCCGGAUCUCGUUAUGAGGAUCCCAGUCUCCGCGGUGUCAGCCAUAUCAUGGAUCGACUUGCCUUCAAGUCCACCAAGACGCGUACGGCGGAUGAGAUGCUUGAGGUGCUCGAAUCGCUUGGAGGUAACAUCCAGUGUGCUUCAUCUCGCGAGUCAUUAAUGUACCAGUCCGCCAGUUUCAACUCGGCCGUCCCUACAACGCUCGGCUUGUUGGCGGAGACCAUUCGCGAUCCUCUCAUCACUGAAGAGGAGGUUUUGCAACAACUGGCAACAGCAGAAUACGAAAUCGGUGAGAUCUGGGCGAAGCCGGAACUGAUCCUGCCGGAAUUGGUGCACAUGACCGCCUACAAAGACAACACCCUCGGAAACCCUCUACUUUGCCCAAGCGAGAGGCUGGGCGAGAUCAACAAGGCGGUUGUUGAGCGGUACCGAGAGGUCUUCUUCAACCCGGACCGCUUGGUCGUUGCUUUCGCCGGUGUGUCUCAUGCCGAAGCGGUCAAGCUGACAGAGCAGUACUUCGGAGAUAUGAAGACACGCCACACGAGUGAUGGCCCGGUCUUGUCGGGCACCGGGAUCGACACUACACUUUCAAAUUCUCCCUCUGUCGCAAGAGAGGGACAGGUGCCUACCGUGCCCCAAUUCACACCCUCAUCCACGGUCAGCAGCCCGGCCACUUCGCCGCAAACGCACUCCUCCCUCCUGUCGAAGCUUCCUUUCCUCAAGAACCUCUCCUCUGCGAACAAGAAGACGACCGUUGAGCCUCUUGACCCGUCCUUGAUUGAACCAUCUACACUGGAUCUCCGCCGUCCUUCCCAUUACACCGGUGGAUUCACCGCUCUUCCCCCGAUUCCUCCUCCAGCCAACCCAAUGCUCCCACGACUGAGCCACAUCCACCUCGCCUUCGAGGCUCUCCCCAUCUCUUCGCCGGAUAUCUACGCUCUCGCGACCCUUCAAACCCUUCUCGGUGGCGGUGGUUCCUUCUCUGCGGGUGGCCCGGGCAAGGGCAUGUACUCUCGACUUUAUACCAAUGUUCUGAACCAGCAUGGCUGGGUUGAAAGCUGUGUGGCAUUCAAUCACAGCUACACGGACAGUGGUAUCUUUGGUAUCUCUGCUUCGUGCAGCCCCACCCGUACCGCAGACAUGCUGGAAGUGAUGUGCCGCGAGCUGCAGUCUUUGACUCUCGACACCGGUUACACGGCGCUUCAAACGCAAGAGGUGAACCGCGCCAAGAAUCAGCUGCGGUCUUCGCUCCUUAUGAACCUCGAGUCCCGGAUGGUCGAACUCGAAGAUCUGGGCCGCCAAGUUCAGGUGCACGGCCGUAAGGUGGGCGUGCGAGAAAUGUGCGACCAAAUCGAAGCCUUGACUGUUGAGGACCUACGCCGGGUGGCUCGUCAAGUCUUUGGAGGCCAGGUGCAGAACAAGGGCCAGGGUACGGGCAAACCCACUGUUGUCCUCCAGGAAGGUGAGUUGGAGGGCUACAAGCUCCGAUCGUUCCCUUGGGAGGAGAUUCAAGACCGCAUCUCGCGAUGGAAGCUCGGCCGUCGGUAA